AGAAAUGAUUGGAAAGUGGGAGUGGUAGAAGUUUGUGUAAACUAUUUGGUCAAUUGACUGCAUUAUUUCUUUGAUUCUAGAGCCGCGAUUUCGAUUUACUGUGUAGAAUGCUGGUAGAACGAAAGUAAAGAAGCCCGAUUUUGAAAUUUGCCGUAUCUCAGUUAUGAAAAAAUACGUAUUUUAGCAAUUCUGUUAAUUUUGGCUACGCGCGUUAUCAUGCUGUAUCAGAGGAAUAUAUCAGGGUUGCCGUAUGCUGGAAUCCAACAUUCUCGUCACCCUUUUAACAUACGUGCCCAAAUAAAAGCAAAUUGGUGUUCACUACUGAUAGGUUGUUUUAUGUUUGUUUUGGGUAUGUCCUUGUUAUUUUGGAAUGAGGGCAGAGCAAUUCAUAGUACAAGAUCUUUGGAAGAAGCUAUGAAUACAGUUAUAUCUCUACCAUUUGCCCUUUCACCCAAAGAAGAAAAUAAUGGUCAUCUUGUUCAUUUAACUGGUCCAUUAUCUGUUGCUGAACCUCUUACGGAAGUGGAGUAUGGUAUUGUUGUUUCUGCAGUAAGAUUGAAAAGACGAGUACAAAUGUAUCAAUGGGUAGAGGAAGAAAUACAAAGUAGAGAGUAUGAACAAAAUGAAUAUCCAUUUGCAAGAUAUACAUACACUACAGAAUACAGAGAUAAGCUAAUUGAUAGUAAUAAAUUUUAUCAGCGUGCUGGACAUCACAAUCCCACGGAAUUUCCUUUGAAAAGUAUUAUCUAUGUUAGUGAAGAAGUUAAUGUGGGAUACUUUGCUCUGGGACCUGAACUGAAAGCAAAAUUCAAUAAUUUCAUACUCGUCACAAGUGAUGAGAGGCCUGAACGCCGAGAUAUCAAAAUGCAUUCUGGGCUGUACUAUCAUUGUCAAGAUGUCUGGACUCCUGAAGUAGGGGAUAUUCGUGUACAGUUUUCUUAUGCUGGGAAAGCUGGAGAAGUGGUAACAGUUGUUGGCAUGCAAGUUGGAUCAACUAUCAGGCCAUAUAAAACAUCAUCAGGAAAAGAGGUGCUUAUCCUUUGUGAUGGGGCAAUGUCUGUGGAAGAAAUAUUUUUGCAGGAACAUGCCCAAAAUUUGUGGACAACAUGGAUAUUUCGUGGUCUGGUUGGAAGGUAUUCUAUGCUUCAUGAAGUCUUAAUUCUGGGCUUUGGUUCUGUGAGUGUUGCAGUAUCAUUGUCUGGUGCGCUACUGAUUUUUGCUUUUGCUUGGAUUUGGUAUCGUCCAUUUUUUGGAUUUGUUGUUGCAAGUGUUGCAGUUCUUCCUAUAGUUUAUGGAUCACUUAAACUGUAUAUACAAGAUUAUUAUGAUAAUAAUUAUAGACGUCUUCAUACCCACUAAUAACAAAAGACAAGUGAUAACGUUAAAUUACCUUGGGAAAGAAAGUGAAUAGCAUUUGAAUUCUUUGUUGACAGUAUUAAUGAAACAUAUUCAUCACAAUAAUUGUUUGUUAAACAAUAAUAUUGAAAGCAAAAUGCUAUUGGUUCAACUUCUGGGAUGAAGUAAUGACUCUUUAUCAAGUAAUAAAUUGUAUUUAUAUUCUGUAUAGAACAAAGAUAUAAGAUUGAUUCCCUAUUGAUUGGCAAAAACACGUUUGGUGCAAUCUGUUGUAUUUUAAUUUGCUAACAUAAUAUAUUGCAUUAUUUUAGUUUCGUAUGAUUCAAAUAGAUAAUGUGAUUUCUAAAGCCUGUCAGUACAGCAAGUGUGGGAAUAAGUUUAUUAAAUUACAGAGAAUUAACUUUGCAAUUUAAAAAAUGGAGUCUUAUGAUUAUUUUGGAAAACCGAACAAUUUAAUUAUGUAAUUGGAAAUGUAUUAUUUCGAUGAUGGUUACGUUCUAUAAGGUACUGAAUUUAUACAACCUGUAAUAGUUAUUUGUAAUUCCUAAUUUUAAUAAAAGUACCCAAUGUCUCCGUGUAA